AUGGUUUUGUAUCGUCAGGAAUUGCAGGCAAACUGGGUAAUGCGCCAUUCGCGUACAUACAACAAGGACUAUUACUUCAAUACUGUGACCAAGGAGAGUCGAUGGGAUGCACCUCAAGUGACCGAGCAUGAACGUGUACGAGCCAGCCACUUGUUGGUUAAGCACAAGGAUUCACGAAGACCUAGUUCAUGGAAAGAAGAAAAUAUUACGCGUACAAAGGAAGAGGCCCUCGAGAUUCUUAAAGAGUUUCAGCGCAAGAUUGAGGAUGGAGAGGAGACCUUGUCGGCAUUAGCUACCAACCAUUCUGACUGCUCGAGUGCAAAACGUGGAGGAGAUCUUGGACACUUUGAGCGUGGACAGAUGCAGAAGCCAUUUGAGGAUACAGCAUUUGGAUUGAAAGUAGGCGAGCUCAGUCAGCCUAUCUGGACAGACAGUGGAGUCCAUUUGAUUUUGAGAACAGAGUAA